AUGACACCCGAGAACAGCGCCUGGCUGUGCGCCCUGCUCUGUGUGUCACAGGUUUUGAGUGCGCCGAUAAAUUGUCGUCUGGAUGGAACCCGUAUUAAGACCUGCUACAAUCUUCUAAAAGACAUGGGGGGCACUUUCCCACGAGAAUGCAUCAAUGAGAAUGUCCUCAUAACUUUUCCAGGGUCCGCUUUUGCGUCGUCCAAUGGAACCGCUGAGCAGAACGACAGCGUCCGGACUGCCGUUUAUCAGACUCUGCACAGCAUCAACUCCCUGUUUGAAAACCACGAUUUACCGACGGAGUGGGAUGAAAUGAAGUUAGACGACUUUCAAAAUAUCAUCAACGACCUUGUUGAGAAAAACAAAUGUAUGGAACGAAGCAAGCCAGAGAGUGACGGUUCUGACCACACCGACGUCUCUGCCAGAACUGCGACACUCAAAAACUAUUUUGAGAGACUGACAGCGGUUUUACAAGAGAAGAACUCUUUCUGCGCGUGGGAAGUCGUGCGGAAGGAGCUUGUCCGCACCCUGCUUUUCAUCCUCGAACACAAGUCAGACAGCUUGCUUUGGCCGAAAAGAGCAUGA